UUGAGUAUUGAGUCUAUUGACUAGCCUUGUCGUCUACGUCUUAACUCUUAACUCAACGCUCUCGACGGUCCUGGACAGGCUUCAACUGCUCUAAACUCUUUUCCUUUCUUCGAGGCCAACCAACUUUAUUUCCCGGUUUCUACUUUUUCUGCUUUCUGGGUUCUGAUUUCCGAUACUCCGGCCGUCGGAGUGGUUCCUGAGCCACCCAAGAUGGAUUGCCGGCGGCUUCUCCUCCUAGUCUUCUUCCUCCACCUUGUCGUUUUCUCUCGCUCCCUUGACGUCAACUGGCACAAGAAAGGCAAAAUCAAAGGGCCAAUAAAGACCCUGGUGAUUUUAGUCAUGGAAAAUCGCUCUUUUGAUCAUGUUCUGGGUUGGCUGAAAUCUUCCCGGCCGGAAAUCGAUGGUCUGACUGGUAAAGAGUCGAAUCGGGUAUCGGCUUUCGACAUUGAUUCGCAGGAGAUUUUCGUUACCAACGAUGCUUUGUUCGUCGACUCCGAUCCCGGCCACUCGUUUCAAGCGAUUCGGGAGCAGAUUUUUGGGUCGGAGAACUGCUCGUCGAAUCCGGCUCCGAUGAAUGGGUUUGUGCAACAAGCAGAAAGCAUGGGUGAGGGCAUGUCGAAAACCGUUAUGAGCGGUUUUAAGCCUUCGCUGUUGCCGGUUUAUACCACUUUGGCUAACGAGUUCGCCGUGUUCGAUCGGUGGUUCGCGUCAGUGCCCGCUUCGACUCAGCCGAAUCGGUUUUAUGUCCACUCCGCCACUUCUCAUGGAGCCACCAGCAACGUGCGGAAGGACCUCAUCCAUGGGUUCCCGCAGAGGACAAUUUUCGACUCCUUGGACGAAAGUGACCUUAGCUUUGGGAUUUAUUACCAGAACAUCCCUGCAACUCUCUUCUUCAAGAGCUUGAGAAAACUUAAGCACGUAGUUAAGUUCCACAGCUACGCAUUGAAGUUCAAAAUGCACGCCAAGUUGGGUAAGCUUCCGAAUUACGUGGUGAUCGAGCAAAGGUACUUCGACGUGGAGCUGGCUCCGGCCAACGACGACCAUCCAUCGCACGAUGUCGCCAUUGGGCAGAAGUUCGUUAAGGAGGUGUACGAGACUCUGCGAGCGAGCCCACAGUGGAACGAGACGGCGCUGCUGAUCACAUACGAUGAACAUGGUGGUUUCUAUGAUCAUGUGCCCACGCCGGUCAUCGGUGUCCCUAAUCCGGACGGUAUCAUUGGGCCUGAUCCUUUCUAUUUCAGGUUCGAUAGGUUGGGUGUUCGGGUCCCGACAAUAUUGAUCUCGCCGUGGAUCGAGAAGGGUACAGUGAUUCAUGAGCCUAACGGGCCAACUCCAUAUUCACAAUUUGAACAUUCUUCUAUCCCUGCUACUGUAAAAAAGCUUUUCAACCUCAAAUCAAAUUUCCUGACGAAGAGAGAUGCAUGGGCUGGGUCCUUUGAGAAUUAUUUCCAUCUCCGUGACACUCCCCGUACCGACUGUCCAGAAACACUGCCAGAAGUUGUGACCCCACUGAGGCCACGGGGACCGAAGGAAGACAUGGGCCUCUCGGAGUUCCAGGUGGAGUUGAUUCAGCUUGCAUCCCAGCUCAAUGGUGAUCACGUUCUCAACACCUAUCCAUACAUUGGCAAGAGCAUGACUGUAGGUCAGGCAAACCAGUAUGCUGAGGAUGCAGUGGCUAGGUUUUUGGAAGCCGGAAGGGCUGCCUUAAUGGCAGGAGCAAAUGAUUCUGCCAUUGUUACAAUGAGACCUUCCCUCACAAGCCGACUUGCAGGUGGGAAUAUGGACAGUGCUUGCUAAACCAUUAAUUCUGCCAUACUCAUCUUCUGUUGUAAGUUGCAGUUGUACAUAAGAACUCACAAAAACAUUCUUGUAUUAUAUUUGAAACUCUUGUAUCUUCCCGAAGUGGAUACCGUACGAAUAUAUGAUAGACUACACUACUCCAAGGUGCUUCUUUCGCU